CCUCACAGUAGAGUCUCACAGUUCGUUCGAUCAAGUAUUUUGUGUUCCGACUCAGUCUAGAACAUUCUAGAACCCUUCGGAAUCGAAUCCAGAAUCCGAACGCCCAGCGUUUUCGUUGUUAUUCUCGGAAUAACAACGCGUAUUUGUUGAUUUUCUAAUCUAAACCGUUAACUCCAGGAUAAGGUUGAGUGCAUCUCAACUAUCCUGGUAAGCGGUUGCUAACUUAACAGCCACCAUUUCAUUUGAGGGUCACGUUGGAUUAAUAUCCCGUGCAAAAUGCAGCGCAACAAGACGACCAUCGGCUAUAUGUCCUGGCGAGAGACAGACGAUGAAAAGCGGGAGAAUCCAAUUGAACGUGCAGCCAUUAGGCUCAUCUACGCCUGGCAAGGCGGGAGUGGAGGGAUGGGGCGAAUGUUUUCAGGAUCUUCAAUCUUGGUGUCACCAACCCCCUCAGGAUGAAUUGCACACACCCCAAUUUACCAAAGAUGAAUUCAAUUUUAGUGAUGUUGGUAACGUCAAAGUUUUGGAUGAUAAGUCUCAAGUAGACUCCGAAAGUGAUCUAUGGGGAACCGAUCUUUUUCGGACAAAUUGCCUAAUGCUAGGGGAGGAAAACAAUAAUAACGACACUAUCCAACUGUUGGACGUGCCCUACAACAACAACAACAACAAUAGCGAUAAGUUGUUUGAAGAGAGCAAUUUACUUCUAAAUGUUAAAUCACCUCUUAAGAAUUCGAGUGGAAAUGUUAUGCUAUCUCAAAGCGUUGUAUCACCUCAAUCUAUCGAUAGCAAACAGAUGUUUAUGGAACCAAAUUAUUUAGUCGCCCAGAAUGAAAAAAAUAACCUCAGCGUGCUUGGUUUAAAUCAGAUUAAAGAAGAAGAAUCAGGUUAUACAGUUCCUCAAUGUGCAAAUAAUCAAGAAAGACCAAAACUGAAAUUGGACAUUGCAGCAGCGACCACGAGCAAAACAAAUUCAACGAUCUACCAAAUAAACACACCAGAUGUCCUGAGGCCUGUUACAGAUAUUAAUGCUUCAUUCGACUUGGUCGAUUAUGUUGAUUCUGGGGAAGACUACAUCGAUCUUUUGGCUGGUAGUUGCGAUCUUGACGUAGUUGAGAAAGAUCAUAAUUAUUUGGGUUCGCAAAUCGUAAUUCCUCAGAAAGAACCAAAAAUAAAAUCAGAACCACCUUCACCUGUGCAUGAACCAAUCGUGGAAGAGGUGUUAAAACAGACAGUUCCUGAUUUAAUAAAAACAGAAAGAGGCAGGAUCAUUAAGAAGCAAAGGAAAGAUAGCGAAUCAGAUUAUGUUUUUGAUUCUGACGAGUUUUCUGACGAUUCCACAUACUCACCAACCCCUGCAAAAAGGAAACCUCGUCAAAAGAGAAAACGCAGGGAUUCUGUGGUCAGUGAGGCGUCUUCUUCAAGAGAUGCACCUGACAAGUAUAGAGAACUGAGAGACAGGAAUAAUGAAGCUUCACGAAGAUCAAGAUACAACAGGAAACAGAGGGAUGUAGAAAUGAAAUUGAUGGAAGGGAAAUUGGAAAAAGAAAACCUUCAUCUUAAAACCAAGGCUGAAAGAAUGGAAAAGCUUGUUGUUGAACUGAGGGCAGCAAUAUUAAAGUCAAUACGAAAUAAAAAUCAAAACUCCUCAAACAUUUAAAACAUGAAAAAUUAGGAUGUGUGCAAAACUGUUUGUUUGUUUUACGCCAGCUGCUGUCAUUUUUAAAUAUUAGACCAUGCGGCUUGAUUACUUUAUUAAUCUAUGUGUAUUAUGAUAUAUUUAAUAUGUUAUAAUAUAGAUUUUAGAAAGACGUAAGUCAAAAUAUUAAUUGUAGCAUGUUAUUGAAUAAGGCAUUAAUUUAUGUGCAAUAUGUUGUUUUAAAAAUGAUGAGGCAAAUUUUAGUUUAUAAAAUGCACAAUCCAUUCAUCGAUGCCUAAAUUACACUUGUGAAUUAUUU